UGAUGAAUUAGAAACAAACAAUUAGGUAGGUAGCAAAAUUGCAUCAACUACGUGAAGUGAAAUACAUAUUUGUUUCGUCGUUUGCUGUUGCAAAAUGAAAUCAAAAACCAGUGACCAAAGCAUAGGCCUACAGCUCGAAGCCCAGCAGGCAAAAUUACUAAAGACACCAAUAUCCCAGCCAUCGCCGAUAUGGUCCUCGAAAAGAUUUUUAGUCGCUUUGUUGAUGGCGAUGUGCCAUUUGAAUUCAGCCUUCAGUCGGAACAACAUCAGUAUCGCUCUUAUUGAGAUGACCUAUCCUAAAGAAAUAAGAGAUGGAAAUACAACGAAAAUUCAGCCACCAGAAUUUUACUGGGAUUCCACCACCAUAGGAUUAACCCUGAGCAUUUUUUAUUACGGAGGACUAGUGUCAAUUUUGGGCAGUUACUUCGUGAGCCGAAUAGGAGGAGCAACAUUCUGUGUUUUAACCACGAUGUCGUCUGGGAUCAUAACCAUAUUGCAUCCGAUCACCCUGCAGUACAGUUUUUUCUUAUUUUUAGUGUGUCGAUUCCUAGUUGGGAUCUCCGAAUGUUUAUUGAAUAUAAGUAUCACCGAAGUAUCUUCGCAAUGGACCCCGAAAAACGAAAGAUCGAAACUCACAGCCAUUUCUGAGGCAGGAAUUAACGUCGGCGUGGCCAUUGUACACGGAGUUUGUGCUUUCGUAGCUCAUUACUGGGGCUGGCAAAUGAUAUUUUACGUCACAGGAAGUAUAUCGUUGAUCACGUCAUCAGUUUGUUUUAUUUUCGUAAAAAAUCGACCUUCGGAUGAUAAACGGAUAUCUAAAGAAGAGCUUAUGUACAUACAAGAGAGAACUGCAAAUUCCACCAAAAAACAGGUGAAGCAUCCUUACUGGAAAAUUAUAUCAUCGCCGGUAAUUUGGGCACUCCUGGUGGACAAAUUUGCCAUGAUGGCAGCAAUGACUUUCAUAGGUACUUUUCUGCCCAUGUAUGUCAAAGAUAUAACUAACAAGGAUAUCAAAGAAGUAGGAAUAAUUUCGUCAAUACCAAACGCUGUCAUUAUUUUUAUGCUUCCAAUUUGCGGAAUAUUAUUGGAUUAUGGAAAAAGCAAUAGCAUUUCAGAGACUCUGAUGCACAAAAUCUUAAUCGGAGGUUCCUUUAUCCUGACUGGUAUUUUAUUCGCAAGCGCAGCAAUGAUUUCCAAUUUCACAGUAUCAAUUAUAUCUUUUAUAUUGAUUCAGACAUUCCAAUUUAUCGUGGCUAUGGUAUCACAGAUAAUCCUUAUCAGCAUCGCACCAAAUAGCAGUAGUAUUAUAGCAGGACUCAGCACCGUUGUAACUGCACUAAGCUCCAUAGGAACACGCAAUACAAUAGCAUCUAUGACCACUGAUCACACUUUGGAAGAAUGGGAUCACUGUAUACUUAUAAUGAGUGGUAUUUCACUGUUGGGUGGUGUAUUUUUCAUAUUGUGCGGGUCCAGCGAAACUCAGCCGUGGUCAAUUGCAUCGAGCUAUGAUCAAGACGAUCAGAAAACCCAGACUGACACAAAGUUGACAAAAUAGCGAUGCAUUUUCUAUAUAUUGUAUCAAUAGUAAUAUGAAUUAUGAGUACCACUCGAAUAAAAAUUAGAUAAACAAAAGACGAAAACAAUAUAAUAGAUACCUACUAUACUGAUC